CCUCGGGGCGGGGCCUCCCCCGAUACCACGAACGUAGCGCUGCUGGCCCCGCCCCUAUAUAAGGGGCGGCCUCAGCGCGGCCCCGACCGCGGCUAUCGCGUCUCCCGCAGCUGACCUGCGUUCGGGCACCAUGGCAGACCAGUCUUUUGUGACUCUAGCCACAAAUGACUCCUAUGUGAAAGGAGCACUGGUACUUGGUUCGUCCUUGCAACAGUACAGAACAACAAGAAAGCUGACUGCACUCAUAACUCCACAGGUCUCAGAUCUUAUGAGGAGAGUGCUGGAACAAGUCUUUGAUGAAGUCAUAUUGGUAAAUGUCUUGGAUAGUGGGGAUUCAGCACACUUGGCACUAAUGAAAAGACCUGAGUUGGGCGUCACACUAACAAAGCUUCACUGCUGGGAACUGACACAGUUUUCAAAAUGUGUUUUCAUGGAUGCCGACACAAUGGUUUUGUCAAAUGUAGAUGAGCUUUUUGAGAGAGAAGAGCUGUCUGCAGCACCAGAUCCAGGCUGGCCCGACUGUUUUAAUUCAGGAGUUUUUGUUUACCGACCUUCCAUUGAAACAUACAGUCAGCUGUUACAGUUUGCCACAGAGAAAGGCAGCUUUGAUGGUGCAGAUCAGGGGUUAUUAAACACCUUCUUCAGCAGCUGGGCAACAACAGAUAUGAGCAAACAUCUACCGUUUAUUUAUAAUUUGAGCAGCACUUCUGUAUAUUCCUACCUUCCAGCGUUUAAAGCGUUUGGUGCAAAUACUAAGGUGGUGCAUUUCCUGGGAAGCACAAAGCCAUGGAACUAUACAUAUGACUCCAGAACAAAAAGCAUAAAGGGCAACGUGGAUGACCCUAAAAUAGUUCAUCCAGAAUUCCUCAACAUGUGGUGGGAUACUUACAUAGCUGAUGUUUUACCAUUACUAGAACAGCAUGGAAUUGUUAAAGAAAAUACUACAGGAGUAAAUAUGCUAAUAAGGUUCUCAAGCAGAAGAACCCCAGUUCAGCAUGCAAAUAUGUACGUACAGAUCUUGCAUGGUGAAUCACAUUUAGGCAGAAGUUACAGAGGCAGUGUCCCACGUAUCAGUAUCACCGCUAUUACCAACUGAAUCUUCAGAGGAACGCAAGGAACGGUGGGAGCAGGGCCAAGCUGACUAUAUGGGAGUGGAUUCCUUUGACAACAUCAAGAAGAAACUUGAUACCUACCUUCAGUAGAAGUGCCUAUCUCAAACAGUGGUGAUGCAAGGACUUGUUCCAGAACUAACAGCUAGAAAGGUAUAGAUGGUGGUCAGUUACACUUGCUAGUAGCUUGAGGAAAAUCUUGGCUGAAGGCCUCUGCAGUGCUACAGAUGAAGACUGAGCAAAAGCUAGGAAGCAGAAUCCUUGGGCCACCUAUUACUGCCCAAUUUCCAAGUCUCCCUACUAGAUAAAACCAGGUACUUUCAGCCUAAAAUGUCUUCUGUUUUGAUCAAAUGGCUCAACAUAUUCUUUGAACUGGGUUUGUUACCUCACCUCAUUAAGGUGAUUAGCAUUGAUUCCUUUGCUUGCUGUUUUAGAUGUAAAAUCUAAUUCAUGGGAUUGCUCAUACACUGGAGUAGUAGCCAUUCUGCUUUACCAUAAAUGUAUUAAUGGCACUGGGAUCCAUACAGUUGUAACAGUAAUAGCACUGCUUUGCUCUUCCAGUCACAAUUGCACUGAAAUUUUGACCAGGUUCUUACGCACAGUGCCUGCAGCAUGGCAGAAUGCGUUUUUCAGUUCUGUAUACUAUGGGACUAGUAAAAUGAGUUUUAUCUGUUCCUUGCAAUGUUGCACGUGAUACAAAAAUAAAAAGUUGUCAUGCA